AUGCACUUCUCACGCGUGCUUUAUUUGUUCAUCUUCACCUACCUCGCCACCGCGAAACAGCCCUCGGCACCAUCAGCAGUCGCUGGGCCUCUUCGUGAACUACCCUGGGGACAGCUCAACUUCCUACAUACCACAGACACCCACGGCUGGCACGGGGGUCAUCUGCAGGAGCCGCAGUACUCGGCCGAUUGGGGCGACUACAUCUCAUUUGCAUCUCACCUCAGGAAGCGGGCCGAUGACGAAGGAUCAGACCUGCUGCUGAUCGAUACUGGUGAUCGAGUCGAAGGCAAUGGUCUGUACGAUGCCAGUGAUCCGAAAGGCAACUACACGGCCGACAUCUUCACGCAACAGGACCUUGAUGUGAUUACCGUCGGCAACCAUGAGCUCUACAAGAACACAACGAGCGCACGAGAGUAUGCGGACAUUGUACCUGCCUACAAGAACAGCUACAUUGCUUCUAACCUAAAUAUCACAUCCAAGCAUGGCGAUUCUGUCCCCUUUGGCCCACGCUACCGCAAGUUCACUACCAAGAACCAGGGCAUUCGCGUUCUGGCCAUGGGAUUCAUCUACAACUUCCGUGGCAAUGCCAACAAUACUCAGAUUCAGAAAGUGCAAGACACUGUCAAGGAGCCUUGGUUCCAAGAUGCCGUCCGGAGUAAGGACGUUGAUCUCUUCCUCAUCACCGGCCACGUUGCAUUGCGCAACACGAGCGAAGCCGAGUUCGACAAGAUAUACGAUGCCAUCCGCCGUGACAACUGGGAUACGCCUAUCGCCUUCUUCGGCGGCCACACGCAUAUCCGAGAUUUCAAGCGCUUCGGAAGAGGGACCGAGAAGAAGGCGUACGGUAUUGAGAGUGGAAGGUACCUGGAAUCGUACGGCUUCAUGUCCAUUUCUGGCUUGAGCACCAAGUCAAACGGCCUAUCUACAUCCGUUGCGACUCCGAAGUUCGAGCGACUUUACAUCGACAACAAUCUCUACUCUCUGCACCGCCACUCAGGUACGAACUCUUCAACCUUCGACACCGAGCUUGGACGGAACACCUCCGCCUCCAUCGCAGCCGCCCGGAAGUCCCUUGACCUCGACAAAGCGUUCGGCUGCGCUCCGCGAGACUACUGGCUUUACCGCACCCCUUACCCUUCAAAAGACUCUAUCCUAAGUCUGCUCGAUGAGCAUAUAAUCCCGGACACCUUCACCGAUGCCAACUCUUCGGACAAUCCGGCUAUUGUUUUGGCAAACUCGGGAGCGGUGAGAUUCGAUGUCUUCAAAGGCCCAUUCACGACGGAUACAACAUACAUCGUCUGCCCAUUCACGAGCACAUUCAGGAUGAUCAGGAACGUUCCGUUGGAUGCUGCAAGUCAGGUGAUGAAGAAGUUGAACAGCGGUCCUCCGGUAUUUCUCAGCGAGCAGGAAGGCGAAGGUGCGGCCGAGGCGAUGUACAGAAACUGGCUUGGUAUGAGGCCGCCUGCUCCGGUGCGUGAGGGUGUACUCUUUCAGGUACCCCCUGGCGACAGACUUCAGGGACUGGACGCUCGUAUUGGGGAGCAGCGCCCACUCAUCAGCGACCAUGACAAGCCCGAGAUUACGCCAGGCUACACCACUACCGACGACUUUGGCAGCGAUGGGGACGAUACAGUCCACGAGCCCAUUCCGUUGUACAAUCCACCAAACAUCGUUGGCGCCGAGAUUGGCUUCUCAUCGGGCGACAACGAGGGCAAGCUCCCCAAGACGGUCGAUUUGGUGUUCAACGAGUACAUUCAGGGCUUCACGCUGGCAGUGCUGAGGCAGCUUGGUGUCAGCUACGGGCCAGAGAACACCAGGCAGGCGUUAAAUGGGAUGACGAUGACGGAUGUUAUUAGUGGGUGGGUGAGCAAGAAUUGGGAGUGUGAGGAGAAUGAAUGA